AUGUCUGACCGGUUCCACGUCCUCGUCACCGGCGGCACCGGCUUCAUCGGGAGCCACACGGUCGUUUCGCUGCUGCAGCAGAUCCCGAACUCGACGGUGCACAUCAUGGACAACUACUGGAACUCUUCGAAGACCGUGCUCGAGCGCAUCCACGUGAUCCUGGGCGACGCAGCCAAGGGCCGCAUCACGCUGCAGCGGUGCGACCUGCGGGACCGCCACGUCCUCGAGGAGAUGUUCCAGAAGCACAAGUUCGACGCGGUCAUCCACUUCGCGGGCUUCAAGGCCGUCGGCGAGUCCGUCAAGCAGCCCCUCUGGUACUACUCGAACAACAUCGCGGGCAGCGUGGUGCUGUUUGAGAUGAUGAAGAAGUACGACGUCAAGACGCUGGUGUUCUCGUCGUCUGCGACGGUGUACGGCGAGCCCGAGUACACGCCGAUCGACGAGAACCACCCGAUCCGCGCGCUGAACCCGUACGGUCGCACGAAGCUGUUCAUCGAGGAGAUCUGCCGCGACCUCGCCAACUCAGAGGAAGGGUGGAACAUCGUACUGCUCCGGUACUUCAACCCCGUGGGCGCGCACCCGUCCGGGCUCAUCGGCGAGGACCCCGUCGGCAUCCCGAACAACCUGAUGCCGUUCGUGCAGAAGGUCGCCCUCGGCAAGCUGCCCAAGGUCAACGUGUUCGGGAACGACUACCCGACAAAGGACGGCACGGGUGUGCGCGACUACAUCCACGUGGUCGACCUCGCGGACGCGCACGUCGCGGCGCUGAACAAGACGCGCGCCGCCAAGUCCCUCGGCUGCGUGGUCUACAACGUCGGCACGGGGCAGGGCACGAGCGUCCUGGAAAUGAUUGCCGCGAUGAAGAAGGCGUGCGGGAAGGACAUCCCGUACGAAAUCGCGCCGCGGAGGCCCGGGGACUCGGCCGUGGUGUACGCGAAGACGGACUUCGCCAAGCAGGAGCUCGGGUGGGAGGCCAAGUAUAACAUUGAGGACAUGGUCCGGGACCAGUGGAACUGGGCGAGCAACAACCCCGAGGGGUACCCGGCAGGCGACGGCGGCGCCGUCAAGGUCGAGCCGAUGGAGUUCGAGCUGAACAAGGACUGA